AUGCUUGCAGUCUGGCAUGGUACCAUGUCAUUGGACGACGUCUGGCCGGGCCGUCAGGGGGGAGGAGGCGAGAGGCGUCAGGUGCUAUGGCCAGAAGGUGUAGGAAACGAGAGAUCCGGAGACGCAGAAAAAGAACCUGGAGAGUGUGAUUCCGCUCCGAAGAGUGGUACAGCCAACGGUGUGUGUCGACUCGUCCCGCUGUGUUCACCUCGUCCGGUAGCCGAGGCUUUGGCCGACCCAGUGACUCUGCCCCGGGCCCGGGUUGUAGGUCGGCGUCUGCAUGGGCCACAUGAGUCACAUGAGCCACGUGGGCCACACGAGCCACACGAACCACACGAGCCACAUGAGCCACAUGAGCCACAUGAGCGCAGAGGGGGUCGGCAACUUGUUAUUCCUUCUGGACGGUUUUUGGAAUACCACUUGCCUGCGUCUGAGGUGAGAUGUGACGUCACCAGGGCAGAUGGUAAGCGUUCUGCAAUCUUACAACCCUACCGAAUUGACGAACCCAGACAGGCGCUGGUCUCCAGCGGCCACAAUCGUACAAGCACACUCGGCAGCAUUAUGGGAAAAAUUCACAUCACUCCGUCACCUUAG